UACUUCCGCAUCGCAGGUUCCUCUUGAAUGAUUUCCGCCACAUUUACCUUCUUAUUCAUCAAACCAGACAAACUAAAGAAAAUAAACAAAAUGUCUGCAAAACCAACGUGUCUGAUCGUCGCCAGCGCGUCUCCUCAAGGGGUGUCAGCAGCGUCUUUCCAGCAGUCCUUCAGCCUGUGCACCUCAGUGUUUAAUCUCCAGACAGCCACUCCCGGGGGGAAGCCAAUAGACUUUGUUGGAGUUGAUGAAAGCACUGCUAGAUGGGUGCAGGACUUCAACCUGAAACCCUACGCAACACCAGCCAAACUUGAAUCCAUAGAUGGUGCUCGAUACCAGGUGCUGCUCAUCCCGGACUGUCCCGGAGCGCCGAACGACCUGGCACACAGCGGCUCACUGCACCGCAUUCUCACACACUUCAUUUCUCACCAAAAGCCUGUUUGUGCAGUGGGACAAGGAGUGUCGGCUCUGUGCUGUUCCACUGAGGGACAGAAGUGGAUCUUCAAUGGCUACAGCUUAACAGGGCCAUCAGUGUUUGAACUGGUGCGGAGGCCUGACUUUGCCAACCUGCCCUUGGUCGUGGAAGACUUUGUGAAAGACAAUGGUGGAUCAUACACAGCCAGUCAAGAAGAUGCUGUGCAUGUAGUAAUAGACAGACACCUAAUAACCGGCCAGAAUAUGCAGUCAACCUCACUUGUUGUAAAUAAUCUAAUCCUGCUCUCUGGUGCCAAAUAA